AUGGCAUGCUCGAAGAGAUUGUGUCUGUACGAUGGCAUAAUCGUAGAGAUUGUGUCCGUUACCGUCCAAGCUACCUGUGUUACCCUUACUGCUAUGUCUGUUGAUCGAUACAUAUUAAUCGUUCAUGCAGUCAAAUCACGUACUACGAGAACUACUAACAAGGCUGUGUUUAUCAACGUUUCCAUAUGGCUCGUUUCGUUCCUCGUCCACCUUCCUGUUGCGAUAUACCAAACGUACAAAGUCGAGGCCAACGUGUGCAUCAUGCCCAUGGGUCCUGACAACGCCAACGAGAAGUACUACUAUCUCUUUUCCUUCAUCUCCAUGUACCUGCUACCGCUCAUCAUAAUCCUCGUCUGCUACGCUAACAUCCUUCUCAUGGUAUGGAGGAAGUCCAGUGCUGGAACGGAGAGUGCAGCUGCUCACGAAAGGUCCAUACGACAGAAGCGCAAGAUUACCCGUAUGGUGUUCAUCGUCGUACUGCUCUUUGCAGUCUGCUGGUUGCCCAUACAAUGUAUUUUGCUUUGGAACAACUUUCACUCCAAACUCGCCCAGUCCAUGAAUCCCAUAACCUUGGGCAGUCUGCACUUCUUCUCACUCUGUCUCAGCUACGCAAAUUCAUGCGUAAAUCCAUUUAUAUAUGCGUUUACCACGGCAAGUUUCAAGAAACACUUCAAGCGGGUAUUUGCAUUCUGUGUGGAGCCAGAGGAGAGUACAGACGAGAAGCCGACCGGAAACUCCGGCUAUAGAAAAGCAGGCAAGUACCUUAAUGAGUACUCAUCUGUCAACACCUGUGAUACUAAAUUGUGAGCUAUUAAAAAAAAUCCCCGAAAAAUCCUAUUUCUGGAGAGAGAAAUAAUGACAGAACAUAAGUAGAUGGAUCUCGAAUGGACAAAACCAGUAGGUGCGUUUAUCAGUAUCAGACCUGGUCGACGUGUAGGCAUAGAUCAAACACUGUGAUGGGGAUAGGGUAAGAACGAAGAACAGAAAGGGUAUUCUGCUUUUUGACAAGGUCACUGAAUGUUAGAAUCUCAAUGCUCGUACUGAGACAUGAAUUGAGCUGGAAGAGUAUGGCCGAACACCAGAGGUCGAGGAGAAUGACUGAUGAUGAAAAUAUAGGAUUGGAAGAAUGUAAGACGAUUGAAUCUAUUGAGGAAAAGCCAAAUAGUAAGACUGCGUGAAGAAACUAAGACUACAAUAGAGCUAAACGACGUCUCAAUGCUCUUAUCUAUUUCAGAUCAAACUUCAAUCAAACGAACGAUGCUGGCAAGUCAAGCGAGGACAGUAGGCAAUUAACGUGGUAAAUUCUAGUUCAUAGUACAACCUGAAGUAAGAGUUAUUAGGACUAUGCCUUGAGAUGACUUACAGGAUGAUUCCAAGGGUUUGGCUACGCGUCUUACACUCCACUACCACGGUCCAGAUUCCGUUCUAACAGCUUAACUGUUAACAUGGUUAAACAAGACAUUUAAGAAAAUGUGUGAUGAAAGCUAUGACGUAUGAAAGCAUUGUGCCAUGAUCGUUCCGAUUCCGUUUCCUCCUAACUUACUGUUGGGCGAUUAACUUACCUAAUCUUUUUUAAGAGGGAACGCUACGUUAUUUGUGUACUGGUGAUUCAAGAGAUGAGAAUAUGCAUCGGAACAAUGCAGAUGAAGAUAUCCCCCGAUAUUACGCGCCAUUAUUGCAGUCGUUGUGUUAGAAAACUGGGAAAAUAA